UUUGACGCUGUAUAACCUCAAAAUUUUCAGUGAAACACUCACUGAUAAACCCUAAAAUGUGAUCAGUGUAAAGACCAAAAACUGACCAACAAUGACCACCGUAGCUAAACUCGAACCGUCGAUCAAAGAGUUGAAGAGUGUCAAUAUCUUAUCGCAUGUAAGAUACGAACAUUUAGUUGCCGGAAUCUCUGGGGGAGUCGUGUCAACUCUUGUUCUACAACCUCUGGACGUUAUUAAAAUCCGAUUCGCAGCUAACGAUGGGAGGAGUUUUCCAACAAUGAAAUAUAAUAGUAUUGUGAAUGCGUUCACAACCAUAACACGUACAGAAGGUCUUUACGGACUGUACAGAGGUGUUAAUCCAAAUUGUUGGGGUGCUGGGUCAUCAUGGGGUUUAUACUUUCUAUUCUACAAUACUUUCAAGACAUGGGAGCAGAAAAGAACUGGCCUUGCUUGUUUAGGACCUUUAGAACAUUCAGUUGCUGCAGCAAUGUCUGGUGCAUUGACUUUAGUUCUUACCAAUCCCUUGUGGGUAGUUAAAACCAGACUUUGUCUACAGCAGGAUAAUCAGUAUAAGGGAAUGAUUGACGCUUUUAGAAAAAUUUAUAAAGCUGAAGGCAUUAGGGGAUAUUAUAGAGGUUUCCUGCCAGGACUUUUUGGAGUGACUCAUGGGGCUGUUCAAUUUGUUUCUUAUGAAGAAAUGAAGAAGUUAUACAUCAAAUACAAUAAUUUACCAAGUAAUGAUCAGUUAGGAGUAACACAGUACUUGACUUUUGCAGCAUUAUCAAAAAUUAUAGCAGCAAUUGCCACUUAUCCAUAUCAAGUGUUGAGGACACGCUUACAAAAUCAAUUUUGCUCCUAUGAUGGUACAAUUGAUUGCAUAUUGAGAACUUACAAUUUUGAAGGAUUAAAGGGCUUCUACAAGGGACUUGGUACUAAUCUGAUCAGAGUCACACCUGCUACAAUGAUUACAUUUGUAACCUAUGAAAAUGUAUCUUAUUUUCUCUUGAAAUUUAAAAAAGAUACAGUGAUUAUAGAAAAUAAGUAAUAAAGUUUUUUAUUUAGUUCCUGUUAAACAAAUUAUACUUUUUUUAAUACUCCAUUAUAUUAUUCAGGGUAUAAUGAUUCUAGUCUGUUGUAUUAAUCUCAGAGAUUUAAAAUAAACUAUGACAUAAGUUA